AUGGGUUCUGUUAGUCCUUCAAGAGCUUCUUGCAAAAUCGCUAUUGUAGGAGCUGGUCUAGCGGGGUCUUGCUACUGCAGUUAGCCUUCAGAGAGCAGGACAUCAAGUCACUGUAUUCGAGGUAUACUCUGGAUUAAAAGAGGUGCGCAUUUUUACUCUUCCAUUCUAUGUAUUACGAAAUUCCCGCAAAACUGAAAAAAAAAAGAAUAACUAUGAUUAGAUUGGCGCAGGUGAGAUAUUCCAUAGAUCUUAAGCGUCCUCGCAUCUCAUAUUAACCAUCUAUCGUAAACCAGGAAUCAACGUAGCAACCAAAGCGACGAUCCUAUUCUAAGAAUGGGGUAUCCACCCAGAACUAGAAGAAGUUUCUAUCGAACCCGAAAUUGCGCGGAUUUCUCCCACAAAUCAGAGAUUCUUUCUAAUACGAAUGUGAGUCCUGAUCUUCAGGACCUUUACAAAAACGCCUUAUUUUAUCACUCAUCGAGCAGAGUUACAAAAUGUGCUUUUUCGCGAAGCGUUAAAAUCAGGAGCUGUGGUGAAUUUUGGGAUUAGGAUACAGAAAAUCGGCUUUGAGAAUUCGACGCUGGAACCUACGGAUGGGACGACUACUGGUGCUUUUGAUGUUAUAUUAGGAGCUGAUGGAGAAAAAUCUUUUUGUCGAGAAUCAUUGCUUGGACGAGAUGAUCCUCUUCUUGAUAGAGGUUUUGAUAUUUACCCCGCUACGGUAAAGAUUGAUGGUGUGGCUAAGCAGCCUGAAAUUGCUGGGUGGGUGAAUGUUCAUAGUAUUAAUAUGUGGAUUGGUCCGGAAGGUCAUACGGUGACUUAUCCAAUCAAGAAAGGGAAUUUACUCAACAUCGUACUGACUCAUGAACAUGAGUCUGACUCUUCGACAUCAGCUGGACCUGUACCAGUGGGCUCGGAAGUUGUUCAUGAAGCCUUUGAACAUUGGAGUCCGGAGUUUCACCAGCUGUUAAGUUUGCCAACUGCAGUGAGUCUAUUUCUUCCAACAUCUCACAUUCCAAUUCACAACCAACUGACUUUCGUUGCUCUAGUGGAUGAAAAGAAGAAUGAUGUAUUCUCCCGAAUGUACAUCUUGGCUACACCUCUCGGGUCAUUUUGCUCUUCUCGGAGAUUCAGCACAUGGAUCUCCACCAUAUCUGUAAGAUGACUCGAAUCGACUCUCCAGAAAACAAACUAACUACCGAGCGAUCUAUUACAGAGCACAAGGUGCGGCAAUAGCUUUUGAAGAUGCCGCCGUCCUUGGAGUUUUGUUUUCCAAGAUUCAAAGCAAGAAUGACAUGCCUGGAUUACUAACAAUGUACGAUAAUCUUCGACGACCAAGAGCGUUGUUGUGCAAGGGCCGUAGCAGAGCUCUCUGUAACAUUUUCGAUGAAGAAUGGCCCAGAGCAAGAAGAGAGAGACAGAUUGUUGUUGCAAAAGUCAUAUUAUGA